AUGAGUGCAGGAGCUGAUGUUCUGGAGUCAAUUGAAGACCCAUUUGACUGCAUAUUUAGGUCUUCAGCAAGUGUCCAAGAUAUUCAUCAUCCUGACACAUUUAGCUCACCGCCUAGAAGGCGUAACUAUAACCAGAAAAGGUCUCAGCGCAGGAAUAGGAUGCGUCACAAGGAGAACAUGGAUAACAGCAACAACACAUUCCUAAUGAAGAAACUCCGGAGACUUCCUCACGUAUUUAACUACUUUCUGGAAUUGCCGUUCCGUUCUGACGCAGAUGUGGCGGUGGAAGAGAAGCAAGGAUUCUUCUAUUUCAUGGCGAAAAUCAAGCAAGAAGGAGCUGGGGAUGGACAAGUGAGGGCACAGGCAGUAGAGAUUCAUCCUGGGGUAACGAAGAUCGUUGUGAGGAAGGGAAAUGGAGACGGUGAUGAGGAUGAACAAUUGAAUGUGGAUACAUGGAGGUACAGGUUGCCUGCUUCGACUAUGCCGGAGCUGGCCACAGCGGUAUUUGUGGACGGAAAUCUUAUUGUGGCGGUGCCCAAGGAUGACCAUGGCCGUGGAGAGUUUGAUAAUGGAUCUAGAGGUGUUUGGAGAGACGCUGACCAACUUGUUCUUGUACAAUAG